AUGUUGCGUCGUGCUGAUAACCAUGCCGCUGCUUCGCUCGCAGACCCGUCCGCCAUCCCGCCCCCUCACUUCCUUCUUCCUUAUUUGUACCCGUCUUCCCCUCCUCACCUCUCCACUUGCACUCGAUUUGAUAUUCUUUCCCCCCCUCCUCCAUCCCUCUUCUCCCCCCCCAGCAUAAUGGCUGGACAGCCCCUGCCCAAGCCUCCCCCGCCACCCGCGCCUGUCAUCCCCCCGCCCUCCCCCUCGCCCGCGCCCCCAGCCUCCCCGCCCGUUGCUAUACCAGUCGUGUCUGCACCCGCGCCGGCUCCCCCAGCAGCCGCGGCGGGCGCAGGCGGAGAGGCGGGGGCGCGGGAAAAGGAGCUGCUGGGGCUGGGGCUGGCGGAGCUGCGGCAGAUGGCGCGCGCGCAGGGCGUGCGCGGCGACACCAAGGCGCAGAUCGUCGCCGCGCUGCUAGCCCAGCAGGCCGCCACGCCAGUCAAGGCCAAACCACCCUCCCCCCCGCCCGCUGCCCCCGCCGCUGCUGCCUCUCCUGCUCCCACAGUCGCCAAACCUGCUCCUAAGCCUGCUGCUCCCAAACCAGCUGCUCCCAAACCUGCUGCCGCCAAGGCUGCGGGGGAGAAGGCGGCGGGGGAGAAGGGGGAGAAGGGGGAGGUGGAGCGGGCGUUGGAGGCGAUGGACAUGGGCGAGCUGCGAUACCUGGCGCGGGAGAGAGGCCUCAAGGGCGACACCAAAGAGGAGCUCGUCAAGGCCCUCGCCGAGGGUCCCCCCCCCACGCUGGGGUUCAUAGGGCUGCCGCCGCCCUCCGCCCCUCGCCGCCGCCGCAUGCCCAGGUUCCGCGCGCCCCCUAAAGACGCCCCCGCGCCAGCCAACGCCGCCGCUGCUGCUGCAGCUGGCGCUGAGCAGGCGGAGGGGGAGCAGGAGAAGGCGCAGGCGGAGGAGGGGGCGGCGGUAGUGGAGGAGGAGGCGAGAGAGGUGGAGGUGGCAGCAGGGGCGGAGGCGGUGCUGCCGCCCUUCCAGUCCACUGCUGCGCCCGACUCCCCCUCGCCCGCCCCCGUGCUGCCCCUGACUCCGGGGGAGAUGGCGGGGGAGGUGGCGCGGCUGAGGGAGGCGGUGGCGGGGAUGAGGGGGGAGGUGGAGGAGGAGGUGCGGCGGGUGAAGGGGGAGAGUGAGGAGGAGCGCAGCAGCAAGUACCUGCGCAGUGCCGUCAUCGGGGGCGUGGGGCUCGCCCUGCUGCCCCUGCUGCUGCCCGCCCUCAUCUCCUCCCUCCGCCAAACAGCCCCUCCCUCUCAGGCACGGGUGGAGCUGGCAUCGGAGACGGCAGUGCUACUGCAGUCACUGCUGGCCGCGGAGUCGUCCUCCCUGUCGGAGCUGCAGGCGCUCGUGCCCCUCAUCGCCCCCGACCUUGACGCUGCCACCCGUGCCGACCGCGCCGCCAUGUUCUGCCAGGCCGUGCCACCCGCCUCCCGCUCCCCCCAGGCCGACCGCUUCUGCAACGCUGUCAGCGCCGUCAGGGGGGGCAGUGAGGGGAGGGAGAGGAUGCUUGGUGUGGCAGUGGGUGCGUGCGGUACGAUGGAUGUGCACGGGAUGGUGGGUGGGGAUAGCUGUAGGUUGAAUGAACGAGGGUUAUGCAUGCAUGGUGCGGCGCAGCGGUGGUCAGGGAUCUUGCUCAGAUGGUUUUGUUGGUGGAGGAAACUCAACACUUCUACCUUUAACCCUGGUGACCUCUACAUUGGAGGUUAA